AUGCCACCUGAUGAUACACAAAGAGGCAAGGAAAGUGCUCCUGUAACCUUCGCGACUGCUGCGGAAUACAAAGCUGCGAUUGCUACUCUCAAUAAUUCGACGCAGGAAACUAACACACGUAUUGACGGAAUUAGUCAGAUUCAGCACUCGCAAGAAAAACGUUCGAGGAGUCUGUCCCCAAAAGGCACUCCGGGCCAGAAGCCUCAUUCACUGCACCGGCAGCAGUCCCGACUUGGUGAAACAUUGACAGCAGACCUGAAAGAUGCACGCCUCUCUGCGUCAGAAGACCUGCGAAAGUCAAUAGCAACGACAACAAUAACAACAGACGAUACACUUGCACGCCACGAUCACCAGUUUGUGCUGCUCGAUGAACAGCUCGGAUCUCAGGAUGCAGUGGAUACUGGUCAAGACCUUCGUCGCGAAAAGCUUCUUGCUGCACUUCGAUAUACCUACGCCGAGACCAUACGACUCAGGCUGAAUCGGUGCUAUCUACAAGCACUUACGACCGAGCAGGAAUGUGAAGACAUUAGCAAAUAUAACCAGAUUCGAGACGAUUCGAUCCAGGCUAAGACAGAUCUUCUUCAACAGGAUCUACGAAUGCUAUAUUCUGAGAUAGACGAUGUCGCUCAGAUGCUCGUUAUGCACGAGCAUGGUAAUCGAUUACAUUCUGUAGGACAGCGGCUCAACCGCAUUACGGAGACACUCAACGAUAAGCAAACUCAGCAUGCAGUCGAGCAGAUCUCAGCCAUGUGCAAGAAAAUCGAAGCACUAACCGUUCACGUAGAACGUCUGCAAUCUUAUCGACUAGUGCACCAGAAGCUGGGAAGUUGUUUGGACACUAUUGAAGCAGACUUGGGUAGGUCACGGAUCAUCUCUACAAAAGCCGAACCUACUUCGCAGCCACAUAGCAACACUACUUCCCUACACGCACUCAGACAGUAUUUGGGUCUAGACAGUGACACAGCAGGCAAAGACAACAAAUCAAAACAAUGCCACUUUAUCUUUGCGGACAUAACAUCGCACGUUAAGCAUACAUUGGCGAUCCAGGCUGAACAGGCUGGUCAUAUCCAACGUACAGAUGAUUUUAAGCAGAAAGGGGACAAUCUGCACGAGGCUUCUUAUCGCACGAAAUUGGACGAGCUUGACGAUGAGGUUGCAAGGAUCAAGUCGAGGAUCGACAGCAUCAACUUAUAA